AUGGCCACGAGUAUUGAAGCUCCUCAUCACAUUGAUGUCGAUCAUCAGGCUGGGUCUUACAAUGAAGCUAACACGUUGAGCCCAAUGGCGCAGUUUUCCGAUGCUCCCGGAGCUCUAUGGCAGUCGAUGCCCAUUGCUCCACCUCUCCCUUCUGCGGAGAGAAUCGCGCCUCCCGAUUUCGCUGAGAAUUUCAUCCAGAAAUGUCUGCACCCGAGCAAAACAUUCUUAGUGGCGGAAGGCUUUGAAGCCAAGGAGGAGGGGCCUAAGGAAGAAGAAGCACCCAAGACGGUCGAGCCAGAGAUCAAGAAGCAAGUGAUCAAGGUUCACGUCCCGAAGGCCCCUAAAGAACCUCAACCUGAUUACUUUGGUCACCUACUUGGACACCCGUUGAGUGCCGAGGAUGAUGACGAGGACGACCACUCUGAGGCUGAAGAGCAGAAGGACGCAGAUGUUGAAGGUGAAGCGAACGAUACCAAGGCCGAAGCCAACGAUACCAAGGCCGAGGCCAACGAUGCUAAUGCUGAGGCCAACGGUAUCGAUAAGGGGACUGUGAAAGAUGUUGAGAAGACUAUCAACGAGGUGCGUAAGGAUGACUCUGAGAAGCCCAAGGACGAGGAUGUCGUCGUGGCUAAGGUGGUUGAGGCUAAGAAGAAGCCGUCGAUUGCUGCUAGUAGCCCUGUAAAGAAGGUCAAGAAAGUCGAUAUCUCUGCUAAGACUGAACCUACCAAAGAGGCUUCUGAACCUGAGGAAUCUGAAGAUGGUGAUGAUGAUGUUGACUAUUUCGGUCACAUUAUGGGUCAUCCUAUGAACCGAGGAUCUGGUAGCCACAAGGCGAAGAAGCAAACUUCCCCGGCGAAGAAGGAUGAAUCACCUGUCAAGGUCGUUCCCAAGGCUGAGAUUGAGUCCCAGGAAUCACAGGGGUCCGUUCUCGGACUGUUCCUGGCGGGCAUCGAGGUAUGCGAUAGAGAGGAGAACAUCGGGCAAUUCACUUCACGUGGUGGGGAUGCUGUAGACACUACUGACAUUGAAGCCGAGGUCGUUGAAGAAAUUGAAGCUGAGGAUGAUGAUGAGUCCAACGAGCCUGCCGUACUUGCUCAGGAAGAGAGUGAAACCCCUGCUGUCACUCCUGCUAAUGCUCCCGACACUCCGGCUGCUGAGGAGGCUCAAGAGUCUGAGGCCGUCCCAGUAGCUGAGAAAGUUACGGUUCGGGCUGAGCUGCCAAUAGAUAGCAGACACACUCCUGAGAAGAGAAGUAAUGAGGCGGGCGGUGCUGGCAGCACGAAUGAAUCAGGAAAGAAGAGUCGAUCAUUCCUUGCGAGUUUGUGCGGCGGGAAGAGCAAUGACUAA